AUGGCCCAACAAGACACUCUUUUUCGCUCGGCGAGCAUGUCCCUGACGCAGCUCUACAUCUCCAACGAAAUCGGCCGCGAAGUCGUCUCUGCCCUAGGAGAAAUCGGCCUCGUCCAAUUCCGAGAUCUCAAUUCCGAAACCUCGGCCUUCCAACGGACAUUCACCAAGGAAAUCCGCCGUCUGGACAAUGUCGAACGCCAACUCAAAUACUUCAAGGCGCAGAUGGAGAAAUCUGGCAUUGCCAUGAGGAGCCACUGGGACUUUGAUGAGAACAUGCUCGCCGCGCCACAGGCCAGUGAAAUCGAUGAGCUCGCUGAACGGGCCGAGGCUUUGGAGCAUCGCGUCAGCAAUCUCAACGAGAGCUACGAGACCUUGAAGAAGCGCGAAGUCGAGUUGACCGAGUGGCGAUGGGUGCUGAAAGAGGCGGGCGGUUUCUUCGAUCGUGCACACGGGCAGACUGAUGAUAUCCGCAACAGCGUCGAUGACGAUGAUGCUCCUUUGCUGCGUAAUACCGAAGCCGAGGAAGGCAGAGUUAAUGGCGAUGCCACCGGCCAACAGCAGAGCUUCGCCGUCAUGAACAUCGGUUUCGUCUCCGGUGUCAUCCCUCGUGAGCGUCUCGCUGCAUUUGAACGCAUCUUGUGGAGAACGCUCCGCGGCAAUCUAUACAUGAAUCAGUCCGAGAUCCCUGAACCUAUCAUCAAUCCUGAGACCAAUGAGGAGACUCGGAAGAAUGUCUUUGUCAUCUUCGCCCAUGGCAAGGAAAUCAUCGCAAAAAUCAGAAAGAUCUCCGAGUCUCUCGGUGCAGACCUGUACAAUGUCGACGAGAACAGCGACCUUCGUCGAGAUCAAAUUCAUGAAGUCAAUACCCGUCUCUCCGACCUCGCAAGCGUUCUCCGAAACACCAAGAACACUCUCGAUGCGGAAUUGAAUGCGAUUGCACGAUCUCUGGCGGCAUGGUUGAUUGUGAUCAAGAAAGAAAAGGCCGUAUACAACGCGCUGAACUUCUUCUCCUACGACCAGGCGCGAAAGACCCUGAUUGCGGAAGCCUGGGUGCCAACCAGCUCCCUUCCUCAGAUCAGAGCAACUCUGCAAGAUGUCAACGACCGCGCAGGCUUGUCAAUCCCGACCAUCGUCAACCAAAUCAAGACCAACAAGACCCCUCCUACCUACAAUAAAACCAAUAAAUUCACCGAGGGCUUCCAGACCAUCAUUAACGCCUAUGGUACCGCCAAAUACCAGGAAGUCAACCCUGGUCUCUACACAAUCAUCACUUUCCCGUUCCUCUUCGCCGUCAUGUUCGGUGACUUUGGCCAUGGAACAUUGAUGAUGAUGGCUGCCGCUGCGAUGAUCUACUGGGAAAAGCCACUGGCACGGUCCAAGCAGGAUGAACUCUUCGCCAUGGCUUUUUACGGUCGAUAUAUCAUGUUGAUGAUGGGUAUCUUCUCCAUGUACACUGGUCUCAUUUACAAUGAUGUCUUCUCCAAGGGGUUCACUCCAUUUGCUUCGGCAUGGGAGUUCCCCGAGGAAGGACGACCAGAGGUGACGGGCCAUCUCAAAGGCAGCUACCGAUACCCAUUUGGAUUGGAUUGGGCAUGGCAUGGAUCUGAAAACGAUUUGCUCUUUAGCAAUAGUUUGAAGAUGAAACUUUCCAUUCUCAUGGGUUGGGCACACAUGACCUAUGCCUUGAUAUUUUCCUACAUCAACGCCAGACACUUCAAGUCACCCAUUGACGUAUGGGGUAACUUUGUUCCUGGAAUGAUCUUCUUCCAGAGCAUCUUCGGCUACCUCAGUUUCUGUAUCCUCUACAAAUGGUCGAUUGACUGGCCUGCGGAGGGUCGAAACCCACCUUCUCUCCUCAACAUGUUGAUUCAGAUGUUCUUGUCUCCAGGAAACGUUGCACCUGAAGAGCAACUUUACAGUGGACAGGCCGGUCUGCAAGUGUUCCUGGUACUGAUCGCAGUAAUCAAUGUGCCAAUCUUGCUCUUGUUGAAACCACUGUAUUUGAGGUGGCAACACAGCAAGACCACCGCACAGGGUUAUCGUGGUAUCGGCGACACCAGUCGAGUGACUCAUGCUCUUGAUGACGACGAGAACGAUGAGCACCACAUGAACGGCCGGCCGAGCCAGGACAAUGACGAAGGGGCUAUGAUCACGGAGAAUAUCGGAGGGGCUGACGAGCAUGAAGAGUUCGAGUUCUCCGAGGUCAUGAUCCACCAAACCAUUCAUACUAUCGAAUUUUGCCUUAACUGCGUCUCGCACACAGCGUCAUAUCUCCGACUCUGGGCGCUGUCCCUGGCCCAUCAACAGCUCUCGGUCGUGCUAUGGAGCAUGACUUUGGGCAAUGCAUUCGGCUCGUCCGGUGGCAUGCAAGUCGUCAUGAUCGUCGUCACGUUCUUCUUCUGGUUUGUGCUCACCAUUGCUGUACUUUGUGUUAUGGAAGGUACCAGCGCCAUGUUGCACUCGCUCCGUCUCCACUGGGUCGAGGCGAUGAGUAAACAUUUCGUUGGCGAAGGUGUUCCCUUUGAGCCGUUUAGCUUCCAGUUGUUACUGGAGGAGGAGCCUGUUGAUUAA